AUGUCGUUUUAUAAAAUAACCCACUCGGGUUUCAGGUGGACGCCAAAAUUGAGCUAACCUUUUUUUUGUUCUUACGCGUGCUGCACGCAUCUCGAUUAAUUUUAAAUAUAUGCUACCUCCAUCAGUGUUUGUUCGUAUUGAAAAUUGAAGUGAGACCUCGUAAUACUCAAUUGAGCUAAAUCUGUUGAUGGAGAAUUGUGGAAAGAGGACUAUAGUUUCAGAUGAUGCAACAGGUUGUUCCAAGAGAGUUGCAGUGAUUGGUGCUGGCGUCAGUGGGUUAGCUGCAGCAUACAAGUUGAAAAUUCAUGGGUUGAAUGUCACUGUAUUCGAAGCGAAAGGGAAAGCUGGUGGGAAGUUACAAAGUGUGAGCCAAAAUGGCUUGGUAUGGGAUGAAGGCGCUAAUACUAUGACUGAAAGUGAAGGUGAUGUCACGUUUUUGCUUGAUUCUCUUGGACUACGAGAUAAGCAGCAAUUUCCACUUUCACAGAACAAGCGCUACAUUGCCAGAAAUGGUACUCCUGUACUGAUACCUUCAAAUCCAAUUGACCUGAUCAAAAGCAACUUCCUUUCCACUGGAUCAAAGCUUAAGAUGCUUUUGGAGCCAUUUUUAUGGAAGAAUAACAAGCUCGCAAAGGUGUCUGACAAACACGAAAGUGUCGGUGGAUUCUUUGAGCGUCAUUUUGGAAAGGAGGUUGUUGACUAUCUAAUUGACCCUUUUGUUGCUGGAACAUGUGGUGGUGAUCCUGACUCGCUUUCAAUGCACCAUUCAUUUCCAGAGUUGUGGAAUUUAGAGAAAAGGUUUGGUUCAGUCAUAGUUGGGGCAAUUCGAUCUAAGUUAUCACCUAAAAAGGAAAAGAAACAAGGACCACCCAAGUCUUCAGUUAAUAAGAAGCGCCAGCGGGGAUCCUUUUCGUUUUUGGGUGGAAUGCAAACACUUACUGACGCAAUAUGCAAAGAUCUCAAAGAAGAUGAACUUAGGCUAAAUUCUAGAGUUCUGGAAUUAUCUUGUAGCUGUAGUGGGGACUCGGCGAUGGAUAGCUGGUCAAUUUUUUCUGCCUCACCGCACAAACGGCAAGCAGAAGAAGAAUCAUUUGAUGCUGUAAUUAUGACGGCCCCUCUCUGUGACAUUAAGAGUAUGAAGAUUUCUAAGAGAGGAAAUCCAUUUCUGCUCAACUUUAUUCCUGAGGUUGAUUAUGUACCAGUAUCUGUUGUUAUAACCACAUUUAAGAGGGAAAAUGUAAAGCAUCCCCUUGAGGGCUUUGGAGUUCUUGUACCCUCCAAAGAGCAAAAACAUGGUCUGAAGACACUAGGCACCCUCUUCUCUUCUAUGAUGUUUCCAGAUCGGGCACCCAGCAAUGUCUAUCUCUAUACUACAUUUGUUGGUGGAAGCCGAAAUAGAGAACUCGCAAAAGCCUCGAGGACUGAGCUGAAAGAUAUAGUAACUUCCGACCUAAAGCAGUUGUUGGGUGCUGAGGGAGAGCCAACAUAUGUGAAUCAUGUAUACUGGAGUAAAGCAUUUCCGUUGUAUGGGCAUAACUACGAUUCAGUUCUAGACGCAAUUGACAAAAUGGAGAAAAACCUUCCUGGAUUAUUCUAUGCAGGUAACCACAAGGGGGGAUUGUCAGUUGGCAAAGCAUUAUCUUCUGGAUGCAAUGCAGCAGAUCUUGUUAUAUCAUAUCUCGAAUCCAUGACAACCGACACCAAAAACCAUUGAGAGUACAAGUUCCCUGUUGUCAAGUUUGUGGUGCUGAUUGCUAAUUCCAUCUCAAUCCGAGUUUUUUAGUCCACAAAUCGUUUAACUUCAUGGCGUGAGGAGCAACUUUAACGCGCAGCCAGUGACACAGCUCAAACACAGAACUGUUCAAAAGGGAGUUGCAUUUCUGGAAAAUGAACUCUGCACGUGUUCAAUUUACAUACCUGUUAUAUCAGCUGUUCGUGUCACUAAUAGACGUUGGUCAAUCUUUAGCACACAUUCCCCCUCGCGAGCUGCUUUCUUAACUGUUCAACAAGCUUUACAUUUUCAGUCAUCUUCUUUCAAAAUUUAAUCCUUAUUCCAUUUUGUUUUUGUAUCUGUUGUUUUUGUUUCACUCUCUAGUUACUAUUCAAAUGCUAAAUAGCAAAACAAACUAUAGUUGAUUGUCACCAAGGAAAUGGA